GAGUCGUCUGGCAAGACUGCGGGCACCGAGUCGUCUGGCAAGACUGCGGGCACCGAGUCGUCUGGCAAGACUGCGGGCACCGAGUCGUCUGGCAAGACUGCGGCGGGCACCGAGUCGUCUGGCGGAACAGCGGGCGCCGAGUCGUCUGGCAAGACAGUGGGCUCCGAGUCAACAGGCACGACAGUGGGCACCGGGUCAUCAGGUAUCGGAUUGUCUGGCUCGACAGCGGGCAUCGGGUCACCAGGUAUGACAGCGGGCACUGGGUCACCAGGCAUCAGGUCAUUUGGCUUGCCAGCGGGCACCGCGUCAUCUGGCAAGGCAGUGGGCACCGAGUCACCAGGUAUGACAGCGGGCUCUGAGUCAAUUGGCACGACAGCGGGCACUGGGUCAGGUACCGGAUCAUCUGGAUCAACAGCGGGCAUCGAGUCAACUGAGGCCUAAUAGGAUCGUCGGGCUGGAUCAGCUCAUCAUGCUGAGUAGCGGCAUCAGGCUGAAUGCAGGCAUCAGGCUGAGUAGAGGCUUCAGGCUGAGUAGAGGCUUCAGGCUGAGUCACGGAAGGCAGGUUCACCGGUUUGGAUACUGGCAGGAUCCACUGCAAGUAAACGCAGGUCUGCAAACGAAUGGAGCAGCUGGAGACAGAGAAAAACUGGAGGAUGGAACAGGAGAGGGAGCAGUUGCUACAGAGGGCUUUUUUUACAGGGUUAAAGGCAGGAUAGGUGCAGCGAGUGGGAACAGGGUACUGACAUGCGGUAGAUAGCCAAGUAUACUGGGCUGUAACUGGAGGAGCUGGUGGGAAUACAGGAGUAGAGUUAGAAGCAGGACUGGGUUUUUGUAAGCUGACUGAGGCUGGGUGCAACAAGUCUGUCCAUG